UUCGCUCAACCGCAGUCGUCGCGCAGCUGCGAGCCUCUGCCACGAGGUCUCCGACCCCGAAUCCACACACAGGACACUGCACCCGAGAUAUGACCAACACGCUCAACGUCGCAUCGGCCGCAUCAGUUACGUUUCAAGAAUUGCAAUAGUGACACUUGCAGCAUGUCUGGGAACAAUCUGCAUGGAGAGUGUCCAGUUCCGUACUACCAGGAGUCUUUCUUCGACACGGAUGGUGGAUUUCUCCAAGGACGUCUCUGUCAGGCCUUGGGCAAUGUCACCUGCUGCCUGCCAUGCCCGCAGGCAUCAUGGAUGUGGGGUGAAGACAUCCAAGAACAAACGAAAAUCGCAAGCUGGGUUUCCGUCGCCGUAUUACCGCUCUGCAUUUUCCUACUCGUAUCCUAUGCGGUAUUGCCGGCGAAGCGUACCCAUCGUCACUACUUGAGCAUCUGCUUCACUUUGGGCAUUUGCUGCAUGCAGAUUGCAUUUAUUAUCCCUCUCGGUACGAAGCCGGACCAAUGCUACAACGAAAUCACGCCUAGGGACAUGUACUCCAGCUUAUCAUGCGCCUUUACCGGCGCAAUGCUUCUCUUCGGCGGAUGGGUGGUUGUGGUGUUCAGCUUUAUCCGCACCGUUGCGUUCCAUCUUCAAGUCUGCUGGGAGGUCAUCCUUGGCCCUCGGUUUAUGUGGGGGGCAUUUAUUUGUGGGUUGGGCGUACCCAUCAUUGGAACGUCUGUGAUGCUUGUCUUAACCGGGGUAUCGUUUCGAUUCGGGGACGUGUGUCACAUCAAUAUCGACAAGAGUUUGCAGGACUACUGGAUACCCGUGAUAGCGUUUUCAGGCGCAGCCCUGAUCAUGCAGUUCACCACCAUGGGAUACUGCGUGCACAUCUACAUCAAGUCUCUCUACGACACCGCUUCGACCACCAACAGCUCCAAUGUUCAUUCCUACACCGCAAGUGCGGUCACCCUGAGCGCGCGUCAAGCAUACCGCCGCGUCCGCAAGAUUCUCAAGCUGCAAUGGCGAAGCAACUGUCUUGUCCUCGUCAUCCUCGCCAACGUCCUCAUUUUCGCUGUGAUUUUCAUCAGAACAAAUAACCAGACCGAAAUGACGGCGGAAAAUCUCGAAAAAGCGCUACCGUGGCUUCUAUGUCUCGCAGCUAGCGAAGGCGACGCGAAAAAAUGCGUCGACAAAGCUGAAGAAUUCGGACCAAAGAAAGCAACACUGCUUGCGCUCCUCAUCCUGCUAACCCUCGUUGGAUUUUGGAACUUCAUCCUCUUCGCGCGUCCGUCCAUGUUCGUGGGAUGGUGGGAUCUGCUGUUCCGGUCCAAGGACAAUGCCCAAUUUGAAUUUGUAUCUGCCGACGCUCGGAAGAAACGCAGCGACGCAAGCAACUACGAGAUGCUAUCACCCUACAAGAACCCCGAGCCAUACGUGGAGCCCUCCGCGGAGCCCCAGAUUCGCUCCCCUAGCCCCGCGUACACAUCACGGACACUGAGUCCCGACCUGAAUAACCACUACGGCCGGGACGCGCGGUAUGUGCGGCCGUCAAUGAGCUUCUCUGUUCCACGACCCCCGACCUCUCCAGGCAGGGAUUGGGAUCCAGCGACUACAUUUGCGCAGGGAUACCGAUGA